UUCAGAAAAUAUUUUCCCCAAACCCUCGGUUCUUUGUCCAUUCCGACUACCGUCUCGAACCAGUUAUGGCAGUGCAUUCACUUCGUCUCCGCCGCACCUUGUCCGCUCUUUCCGUUUUCCACCGCCAUGUUUCUUCGACUUCGGCCGUAUCUACUCAAACUAGCCUCUCUCUUUUAUUUACUUCCCCUGUUUCACUAUCAAAGUCUCCCGCCAUGAUCUCACCAUGUUGGCCUCUGAGAUCAUCGUCAAUGGCGCUCUCUUACCGGUCAUCGUUUGGGAGCAAUACCGAAGAUGACAAGAUAGGGCCCGAUACAAUACUGUUCGAGGGCUGCGAUUACAACCACUGGCUUAUCACCAUGGAAUUCCCUAAGGACCCUAAACCCACUCCUGAGGAGAUGGUUCGGACCUACGAAGAAACCUGUGCCAAAGGCUUGAAUAUAAGUGUGGAAGAAGCAAAAAAGAAAAUGUAUGCUUGUAGUACAACAACGUAUCAGGGGUUUCAAGCUGUAAUGACAGAAGAAGAAUCAGAAAAAUUUCGCGGUUUACCUGGUGUUGUGUUUAUAUUGCCUGAUUCUUACAUUGAUCCUGUAAACAAGGAGUAUGGAGGAGACAAAUAUAUUGAUGGAACAAUUAUACCAAGACCACCGCCGGUUCAAUAUGGGAGGCAGGGGGGAAGGUAUCGUGAACGGAACAGAAAUCCCGAUCAACCGAGAUAUGAUAGGGGGAAUAGACCAGCACCGAAUUGGCAAGGUAAUGCAUCCUUCGGUCAACAGGGUUCUAUGCAAGGAGAUGGACGCAACUUCGGGCCUUCACAGAACUAUACACCACAAGGUCCACCCCAAAAUUAUGGCCCCCCUGGGGCUGGAGAAAGGAGAGAUCCUUCACCUAUGAACAAUUAUGCUCCUGAAGGAAGAGAUCCCUAUCAGGGAGGAGGAAGAGGUCCAAUGACUUCUAAUCAAGGAAACUACAACCAAUGGGGGCAGGGAAGUCAUAACCAUGAUGUGCAAGGAAAUUACCAACCCCAAGGAGGAGCGCAGAGAGAUUAUGUACCGCCACCGGGCCAGGGUAAUUCUGGUAAUGGUUUUAAUCCUGCACAGGGUGGAGCUCAUGGGCAAGGCGGAUAUCAUGGCCAUGGAACAGGAACGCCUUAUGGUCAAGGACAGAGUCAUGGAUCUUAUCCAGGCUCGACCGAAAGAAACAUGCAAGAAGAACAACGAAACUACACUCCUGGUGGACAAACAUGGAACAACAACCAAGGGAGAUUUUGAAUAUUUGAUGUGAAGAGACUUAAGAGGAAGGAACCAUGAGGCACUCCAUUUGUCUCUCGUGUUUCUUGUAGGAAAACAAUUAGGGGAAAGCUUUUAGAAUUUGUUCUUGUGAUGAUUUUGCAGGUCUUGUGUUGGGUUAUUUUCUUUGCUGUUAGGCUUGCUUCUUCUCCCUCAUGGAUGUCGUCUUGGAGAACCACUUUCUUUUUAUUGCCAUGGCUAUCAUGAAAUUUACUUAUAUAAAUUUUGUCUGUUGAUUACACUUUAUUCUUAUAAAGCUGAAGCUGUUUAUUUUUUUA